ACAAUAACAGGCGCACACAUUAAACUACGUAAUUGUGAAAACAUUAUUUUAUGCUUCCCAUUACGGUCGUAUGUAAAUUUGUAGCACAUUGACCGAGUGCAAGUACUUCGGUCUUUCCAGCAAGGGAAACUGCUUAUCGCAUCGCAACUAGCUCACUGUAUUUUAUCAGGAAAUGCGAUGUUUUUGUUCUAUCGCCACUCGUUUCUUCAUCGUCCUCAGUUACUCCACGUAUCAGAGGCGCAUGAGCGGCCAUUUGACUUGACGGAUUGUCCUGCUGAAUGCCUGUGCGAUCAAGUUCAACCAGAGUCCUUCCAUUUCAAUAAUAAAACCACCUUCACAGUACGUCGAGAUGCAGUAAGGCUGGACAGCGACGGUAUGUCUCUUCAUGCGCUUUGCAUGAUUAGACAGAGCAGUGGGUUUAAAAAUGUCGAAGAUUAUUUGCCGUCAGACACGGCAGUACUCAAAAUAGUCUACGCAUCCCAAACCGAACAAUACCAAUUGAAUGCAUCCAGCCUUGCCCGCUUCACGCAUCUGCGUGAGUUACACGUGCAAUCGCUGAAGUCACAACUGCUUCGUUUCUCACUGGAUGGUGUCCUUCCCGUGGAGCGGUUACAUCUGGAAGCUUUGGAGCUCAUUCGCACUGAACCGCCAACCGUUCUCGACCGCAUGGCACCAUCUUUGGCUGAGAUGGGUCUGUCGCCUAUUGGAAAUGGCAAUGUAAACGAAGCCUACCAGAUCGCCCGCGAGGACGAAGAGCCAACGAAUGGUGAUGUCGGUGGAGCCGACUCCCUAACCGAGACGUUUGAGCUUGAAAUCGUUCCGUACGAGGUGUACAAGCGAGACUUGGCCAGCACGAGCAAUGUUUCGUUCUACGGUUUUACCAACCUGACAGCCCUGGCAAUCCACGACUGCCAGCUGGAAUCGCUGCAUCCCGACUUUCUGUAUGGCCUGGAGCGGUUACAACGGCUUUCGUUGCAGCACAACAACCUGAAGGUGUUGCCACCGUUCGCGUUCUAUGGUGCACCCAACUUGGGGCUUUUAUCACUCGCUGGAAACCGAUUGCUGGAGGUUAGCUACUACUCGCUUGCCGGACUGCUCGAGCUUCAGGUACUCGAUCUAUCUGCCAACAACAUCUCAAGGGUGUCGGAGCUGACUUUCCCACCGUUCCCGAAGCUUUCCAAGCUCGACUUGCGUCAGAACCCGAUCGAGUACGUUUUCGACAGUUCGUUCGCCAUUGCUAACAUGACACGGUCGCUGUUCAUCGGCAGCGACAUGGUCGGAUUGCAGAUCGCAACUCCCAAACCAUUCCAAGGAUUGGCCCAGAUGGAGCUGCUCGAGAUCCGCAACCUGCAGAUGCCCGCUCUCCAUCAGUACCUGUUCCGCGGACUCCGAACCCUUCGCACACUCCGGCUGGUGCAGGGCAAUAUUUCCUUCGUUGAGUACGACAGCUUCGCUGAAAUGAAGAAUCUCACCGAGCUGUACGCAUCCCGCUGUGCCAUCGGGGCUGUCUCGAUGGACGCGUUUUUCGGGGUAAAGCGUCUACGCAUCAUCGAUCUGUCGUAUAAUCAACUUGCUGAACUUCCGGUCGGGCUGUUCGAUGAACAGCUGCAGUUGCUUGAGUUGUAUCUCCAUGGCAACCGAUUAACGCAGUUGCCUACUGAUUUCUUCCGACGUUUAACUCCGGGGGUGCAGAUUGUGCGGCUGAUCGAGAACCCCUGGCAGUGUUCCUGCACUAUGGGUCAGUGGCGCCAGGCUGCCACUAAUCGGCUGCGGGUAUCGGCACCUUCUGAAGGCGCCUUUCCUUCUUACGUGUACAGUAACAAACUAACGCCAAGAUGCAGCGAACCUUCGCAAGGGAUUAACAACCGCAGUGUGUACUACGUGAUCCGCAAGAACCUGCACUGCCAUGACAACGCUGAUGACACAAGCAAAGUGGCUCAUCGCAUCAGUGAAAUGAACCGUCGGAAGCAGCAGGCACUUCUACUUAAACGCCAAGAAGCCGCUGCUGGAGGAUCGACCAUUCGUGAGACGCUCCAACCGAUUGCGCAACCGUCCUUUGAAAAUCCGAUUCCGAUGCAUGGUACGUACGAGGCUGCCUAUGCGCACCUGCGUUCGGAACAGUCCCUGCUGUAUCAACAGAAGCGGCAGCGGCUGCAAAAAAAAUUGGCCCAUAGACAACGCUACGUGGGAACCAUUCCACAGCAUCCACUUAUUAGCAAUGAGAUAGAAAUCUAGCCAACUAUGUUUUUAAGGGUUAUUGAUCCAUAGCUUAAUUUGUUCUUUAGUGGGCAUCGACGGUUCAAUGAGCGAACAAU